AUGCGAGCGAUCGGGGAGACGUUAGAUGAUCCCGAUGCGUCGACGUCGUCCGCGGUCGAUGGGCUCGAUCGCGACGUGCUCGAAAGGUUGGUCCCGACGCUGCUUCCGAGGCGGGCGAGGCGAGACGAGGCGGUCGAGGCGCCAGAGCGAGUGAAGAAACGAGCGAUGCGAAAGAUGAAUCGGGCGAGCGCGAAGAAGAGGAAAAAGGUCAAGAAGGAUAGAAAUAUGCGCGCCCGAGUGCUUACGGCGGCGUUCUCCAAGGAUGAAGUGCCGAAGGAGAAGGAGAAGCGUCUUAAGAGCGAGACGGACAAGGAAAAGCGCAUAGUAGAUCCGUCGGACGACAUGGAGGUGAUUAUUCACGGCUUGGAGACGUAUAAAGCGUUCAAAACACACCACAAGAAGACAUACGUUCAGGUGACGUGGAAAGGUAGAAGACAGACUCGUCGAAAGGUGAAGACUUUUCGAAGAGAAAACACCGACAAUCCGCAGUGGGGGAGCGGCGAGAAAUUCACAUUUCCGAAUUGCUCUCCUCACGGCAAAUUUGUCAUAAAGGUGAAAGAGGCUCGAUCGCUCGGUAUGAAAGUCGUGGUUGGGCGAGCAACUAUUCCGAGCGUGGUGAUACCGCGUGAUGGAACCAAGGUGCGUUUGCGCAUCGCGCUCCUCACAAGACGCAAGAAGGCAAAAGUCGAGUUGGUCGCGACGCUUGGUAAAUCCAACCAAACAGAGCCCACCUUGGGGGACAACGGGCACUGGGGGAACGCGUGGACCAACGGUGGUAAUGGUACGAAUGAAGACGGUGACGGCACCGCACGCUCUGCGCGCGAUGGUCUCGAUGCCAUCAUAGUCAACGUCGUGAGCGCUCGAGACAUUUUUGCCUCAGACGCCUCGGGUACGAGCGACGCGUACGUAAAAUGUGGUUUCGAUACAGCUCCGAUCGAACGAAGGUACAAAACGCAAGUUGUGAAACGGACGAGGUAUCCGAUGUGGAACGAUCGUUUCUUGAUGCGUAUCGAACCUGGCGGAGAUGAACACGCGAUUGUGUUCACCGUGUGGGACAAGGACGUGUUCUCGGGCGACGAUUUCAUCGGCGCAGCUGCGAUACCUUUGGAAGUGAUUCCGAGGAAUGGCGAUGUUUGCGAUGUGGAAUUACCGCUAAAUCGCAAGGUUGACCCCAACGUCUCGGGCGAGUUUUGUUGGAUGCAUCCGAGAGCUACGUCUGAUUGCGGCGUGAUCCGAGUGCAGGCGCACGCCGUCGUCGGCGAAGAAGCGGCUAAGGUUCUCGAAGUGGUCAAGUUGGGCAAAAUCGGACGGGCUGAUGGCACGAAAUUAGCACGAAGUGUUCACGUCGCGGUCGUUGCGGCGAGGCAGUUGUUUCACGUUGACGCGGGGGGAGGAACGUGUGACGCGUUCACGUACAUUCGCAUGGAUAACGCACCGAAGAACGAGUUCUGUCGGACGGAAACCAUUUUAAACACGCUUCAUCCGGUUUGGAAGGAAGGCAUCGGGCAAGUUUUCACACUAAUCUCGCGACCAGGAUGUUCUUCGAUCAUUUUUGAUCUUUAUGAUCGAAACACAUUCUCUUCAAAGGUUCUCAUGGGAAGAGCGCAGGUGUCUCUCAUCGAUCUCCCGGCUGACGGCUCGUGGGCCACCAUCACAACUCCACUCUACGGCAUGGAUGCGAAUAGAAAUACCCUGGUUGGUGGAGAUGAUAGUUCUUCGCCGUGGAAUUCACCAGACAGAGUGAAGGGUGACUUGAUAGUUCGUGUGAGUGCCACGCGAGCGCCGCACGAGAACAUCUCUGAGCCCCCGAUCAUAUCGGAGAACGACAGAUACGUCAAUCAACAUGACACGACCAAAUAUCUGUACGUCCAAGCGCUCGAGUGCAAGAAGCUCCCGAUACGACACCUCAAAUUGAGCACGAACGCGCAGAUUCGCAUGGCGCUGAACACGCAUAGGCAAAUGAUUUAUGGGGAGGUUCAGCAAAACGUCACGUCAGACUUCGUUUUCGACACCCAGGUGAGCUGCAUUCCGAAGACGUCUCUCAGUACGACACUCACGGUGCAAAUGGUGGGUGAAAUGAAACCCAUCUAUGGUUCCGCGACGUGCACUAAAUUUACGAGGAAAACACUACAUUGGUUCGGAUGGAGUCGCGGUCACGGUGGCGCUUCUGAACAAUACGUGGCGAUCGACGACGACGAGUCAGGCGACGAGGGAGACGCUGCGGAGUUCGAGGAUGGCGAUCACAAGUUUAGCAGUGGCAAUGCAAUCGGCUACGCACAAAUUUCCGUGAAAGAUCUGAAACCAGGGGACAUCGUCAAGCAUAAAUUGAAGUUGUGUCCGCUUGUGAAGACAAAGUCUUGGUUACGAGCGCUCGAGGACGAUUUGGGAGAGAUCGAGGUCCUCGUCGGAUGCGGAUACGCGAAAGAUGCGCCGAAAGAUUUACGAAAAGUCGAUCACGUCGCGCGGCGAGCGAUUGGGAAGUUCUCUAUGAAUAUCGUUUCGGUCGUCGGUGAUAAGACGCCAUAUCAACGAGUCGCUCCCCUCAUCGACAAUGUGCUCGGCUCGGUUCACCCGAGCUCGAAUGAAAUGUUCGGCAAACACGUUUACGCGACGAUCAUGUGGGACGGACGCGAGGAACACAUCAAAUCUUCUCAGGAGCGUUUCAACUUUGCCGUUACCGAGAUCGCGGGCGAUAUUCGAGUGCUGAUCAGAUGUCCCGAUAAACUCUCAAUGUCGGAUCAGAUACUCGGCGUCGUGUCGAUCCCGGUUACCGAGAUCGUCGCGAGUAAGGAGAAAUUCAUCGAUGCUUGGUUCAACAUAACCCCGCCAAAUUCGAUGUACUUGACCGCGGAAGACAUGGCGGAUGCUUCGCGUCAAGUUUGCGUUUAUCCACGUUCAACGAAACGACCUACAGAUUGGCAAGGCUACGUACGCCUCAAAAUUUCGUUUGAACCGAGUACGAGCAACUCGGAGUGGCAAUGGUAUUUGCAGCAGGCGCCGUUGAUGGGUAGAACGCCGCACAUCCCUGAUACAAUAGAUGGCGUCCUUCAAAGCUUACAACGAGUCGUUGAGUCGAUUUUGAUGCCGUUCAAGACCAUAACCAGGGCGGCCAUCUUCAUGAGCGUAUGCCCUAAGGAAAGCAGAACGCCGAAAAUGCUUUGGAUCACGUAUCACACGGUGUGCUGCGUGGCGUUCGAGGGCGAGAUCUUGAGUACUUUCAUGCUUCUUUGGAUAAUUCCGGGCUUAAUGUUCUGCGGGUACUGCUCGCGCUUUGUCGUCGAUGAUCUCGAAAGGAUUGCGUCGCCGUUCGAGAGCAAAUUAGACGACGCGGAGGAAAUUCGGCGCCAAGUGCAUGAUAUGGCCAAGAAGAGGAACAGGAAAAUGCGUAAAUUUCGGGAUGAAAUUCUCGAGCGGAUAAAACUCGAAAAGUUACAAAACAAGGGGCGCGCAGUGAGAAUUACUCGCGAGGUCGUUGACAUGGGUGUCCAGCGACGUCGAGCCAAGCGGGCUCGUAUGGGCGUUGAUGAUGAACUUCCGACGAUAACUUCGAUGUUUAUGCCGCAGCAUUUCAUCAAUCAUAUCGUCGCCGUGCUCACGUCGGCAAAUCCGGCGGAGAUCGUGCUCAGACUGAUUCAAAAGAUAGUUUGGAACCUGCUCAAAGUUUUAAAAAGUGCGGGCUCCACGAUCGUUCGAAUCGAUCAAGUCAUCUCUUCUGGUGGGCCCAAGCUAAUGCCGGGUGUAUGCACACUCGUCGGCGCGAACUUGGAAACUACGGCGGAUAAUCUCGAUCGUCCAAUACGUUUGCUGACGUACGACGAUCCGAAGCUUACAAAGUACUUCUCGCUCCUUCUCGUCGCGUUCACAUUCGCUAUGUGCUGCGUGCUUUUGGCGUUGAAGAAGUGCAUACGGUUUAUUGACAGUUACUCAGUUCUGCGCCUGUGGCACGCUCUUUGGCUUGUAGGAGUUGCCCCCGUCUUACCAUUUUCUUCUGGUCCUUUGCUUCGAGCGAGCACGUACGUGGAGUACGUGAUCCAACUCAUUGUUGGUUUAUACGUUCCCGUGCAGCCGCUUUCGUUGCAGACGAUCGCCGCCGUGAGGGACUCUCUCGAGAACGAGCUGAAAGACGACUACAAACGUUUGCGCGAGUUAGUGCAGCGGCAGAUGAAUAUUGAAAUCGAACGUCGCACGAAACUCAGCAAUAAGAAAACGGAUGACCUGCAGAAACGUUUCAGCAAUAACUCCAGAAUCAAUCCGCUUGGAUGGUUGGCAUACGCGCACAGUCGAGCUCCCACAUCUCUGACGAGGACGCACGCGCACCGCACGCGCGCGUUCAUGGUUCCGGGAGACCAAAAUCCGCCCAAUGUGAGCGUGUUCCGCAAGGACGUUGACGUCGGUCGGGCAACGCUUCACUUGUUCAGUGAACUCAUCAUGUUCGCCAUUGACGUACCGAUUCGUGCCAUGAGCGUGCCGUACCGGGUGGCGAGCAUAGCGAGCGCGGCAAGUCUGAACGUUUACGACGGCUGGGUUCGAUUCACGGCGUUCAAUUGGGUGCGGAGCAAGGAACGCAAGCGCGACGUGGGCGUGGGAAAGCGAGAGCUCCUUCCGUUUGGCUCGCGCAAAGUUUCCGUACAGCCGACGGCGCGCGCGACGUCGGGCGUCGUCGACGUCGUCGACGACGACAUCGGCGAGCGUAGCGUUCGCGCGUAA